AUACCCAUUUCCUCCCUGCAUUCAACUGAACUCGUUCAUCUCUCUUUUGCCUUUGCCUAUAAUUCUUCCAUCUCUCACAAUUCAUAUAAAUAAAUAAUCUCGUGUAUUUCAUGAUAGUUCCAUAAUCUCCAACUUUCUCUUCUAUAAAACUAACGCCGUUAAUUCUCUCACAUAAUAGUAUAUACUUAGUUUUAAUCAGUUUUGAAUAUAGCAAUAACGAUGACUGCUGUGAAUGUAACAAACGUCGCCGUGUUAGACAAUCCGUCAACAUUCCGUUCGCCUUUCAAGUUUGAAAUCUCUUACGAAUGUGUUGAUGCUCUCAAAGAAGAUUUGGAAUGGAAACUCAUCUAUGUUGGAUCUGCUGAGGAUGAGACGUAUGAUCAACUACUAGAAAGUGUGUUUGUUGGCCCCGUCAAUCUUGGAACUUACCGCUUUGUAUUGCAGGCAGACCCUCCAGAUCCUGCCAGAAUUCAUCAAGAAGAUAUAAUUGGUGUCACUGUGCUCCUGUUGACCUGUUCCUAUGUGGGUCAAGAAUUUAUACGAAUUGGCUACUAUGUGAACAAUGAGUACGACGAUGAGAAGCUGAAAGAACAACCUCCCCAAACGGUUUUAAUUGACAAGAUCCAAAGGAACAUACUAACAGACAAACCUAGAGUGACAAAGUUCCCUAUCAAUUUUCACCCUGAAAACAGUGAGACUGGAGAGCAAGCCCCUCCACCUGAUAACGCAACUGAAGCAGAUGGGAAUAAAGAGGGACUACCUUCACCUAAGUAUGAAGAGGGACUACCAAAGAAUGGACCAGACGAGGGUGGUGCCUAACUGUGGAAGGAUGUUAACUUUUCGCCUAACUCCUAACGCUUUAGUUUGACAUCAUUCUGUUGGGCUGUCAUCUCAUCCCAAAUCCUCAUACAUGAUCAGUAAACUCUUUUCUGAUAUCUUGGUCUAUCUCAGUGGAGCUGUUGUGAAACUGUGUAUAAACACGAGUUGCAUUUUGUGGCUGUUAACCUGGUUGUUUUCCCUUCUGUAUGCAUUCAGGAAUGGCGUUAGAAACCUCUGCUUAUAUAGACACCAUCUUUAGCUUUAUAGUCUACUUCCAAAAUGUUAGUUGAGAAGAAAUUGUUGUGACCAUAUAGUUCUGAUAACACUGAUUUUAGUUUUGUACGUAA